GCAGGUUAAUAAACCUCAGGCACGGGAAGUUGGGAAAUCAGUUAGAACGGAAGGCCGGAGAUUGAAGACCGAGAGGUUGAGAAAUUGAUCAUCAUGAAGAUAUUUGUGGUUACUUUGGUCCUACUCUUGGCAAAAGGAAUGGAGGCUCAUGCCCUUCCAGGUGCAGCAGAUGCUGGACCAACCCAUGGUGAACACCGCUUGGCUUUGCUAGACUUACGCAAUACAACAAUGAACAUCCAUAAACUAAAUCCCAUUUUCGAAAAAUUGGCACAGAACAUGACCCUGCUGUCGGAAGAAAUCCAACAGCAACUUCAAACUUUUAGCACACAUCUUCAUGAACAGGCAAGUAUAGUCAGAGAGAGGUUGAGCUCCCUGUUUGAACAGCCUCCAGUACUACCUGAAGGCAUUUCUAAACUGACCAGUCCAAACUUGACCCAACAACUGGAGAUUUUGAAGAAAAACAUUAGCCGUUUGAGUUUGAACUUCAAGCCUAUUUCUCUCAAUCAGACUUCAGAAAGGAAGGUUUAUCAAGAACUCACAGAGAACAUGGAGCAGUUUCACCAAUUGUUUGGACCUUUACUUAAUUUUUUCCAAGGAACAAUCACAGAGGGAGUUGAAAACCUGAGGAAUUCCAUGGCACCUGGGGUUCAUGAAAUCAAGAAACUUGUCGAAUUGUCCAAAUCCGCAAAACCAAGUGGAGAAAAACCAGAAUCGCGUUAAAGUUAUUUGAUGGAUUCUGACACCAAUGAGGAAAAUUAGUGAUGGAGAACACAAAUUGAACUUCAAAGUAAUCGAAAUGGGAAAGACCAACCCUGUUCUUUAAUCAAAAGCAAACGUUCUGAAAUACAGACAGAGAAUGAUGGAAAUGCUCUGCAGGCCAGGCAGCAUCAGUGAAGAGAGUGAGACAGAGAAUUAAUCAAUGAAGUUCUGAUGACAGGUCACAGAGGGAAUAUAGAGUAGGCUAUCCAGCCCCUCAAGCCUGUUCCACCAUUCAAUGAGAUCAUGGCUGAAUAAUGGCCUAACUCUAUAUAUCUGCUUUUGGCCCGUGUCCCUUAAUACUUCUGCUGGGGUGGCGCAGUGGUUAGCACUGCUACCUCACAGCGCCAGGGACCUGGGUUCAAUUCCACCCUCAGGCCACUGUCUGUGUGGAGUUUGCACAUUCUCCUCGUGU